UACCUCCACAACUUGGAAAGAGGAAAAGAACGAACAAGUUGAACACAAGGAUCUCAAAGGCUUUAGAAGCAAAUGUUGUCGUGCAAGAUCAGCCUAUCCAAAGAAGGGAAGAGUUGAAUGCCCAAAAUGGUCGAAAUACUAACCGACAGCGUGAUAACCAAGCACUAGGAGGGAACAAUGGUUCAGCACACUCGACAGUUAAUGACGACACUCCUCAGAAUGGUGAAGGUAAGUAUAACAAAUUAUUUAAUGUCACUCUUAAUAUGUUAAUCAAGACACUUUCUCCUGCUAUUUUCCCCCCCUUAAAUUCCUACUUUUCUUUUAUACUAUUUUAGCUACAAGUAACGUGAAACGGCGGGGACACAGGGGAAAAUACAAAAGUUACGUAGUUGACAUGAAAUUGAAAGGGCAGAAAUCUAAAUUAAAAAUCUACAUUCCUGAUGACAUUGAUCGUGCAAUUGGUGAGAAUGCUCGUCAUUUGGUGAAUGAAUGUGGUCGUGUUGUAAGAACAAAGGCUCCUUUAAAUGUAAACACUUGGAAAGAAGCAUUUGCAAAGGCAGGUGAUUCAAUGUGGCGAGAAAUUCAGAACAAACUUGAAAUCAAGGUGGGUAGUUCUUACAUGAAGAUGCAAGCCUUUUCCAUCGAUACCAUGCAACGCCUUUACAGGUUAUGGAAAAGUCGAUUGCACUAUUAUUAUAAGAUUUGUGGACAAGAUGAUAAAGAGCGCCUUGACAAUCCACCACCAGACUUACCAAAAGAACAAUGGGAAUAUUGUGUAGCACGAUUUGGGUCUGAUGAUUUCAAGAGAAUAAGUGAACGAAAUUCCAAAAAUCGUUUGUCUAAGAACAGAACAACACAGACCACUGGUAACUUGUCAUUUGCUGAAGUUGAACAUAUCUUGACUCAAGAAAACAAUGGAGUGAAACCAUCGGCUGAUGUGAUUUGGCUUAUUGAGCACACGACAGAAGAUGAACAGGGUAAUUUAGAGUGGGCUGAUGAUCGUUCAAAGGAAAUUCAUGAACAACUGAAAGAUGUUGUUGCUGCACAUGGUGACUCAAUGACUCAAGAGGAAAUACUUCUAGAUGUUCUGAAACCUAGAUCAGGUUAUUUUCGUGGCAAGGGAACUGCUUUACCAGGGUAUAGUAAAGGAAGACAACUACUUGAACAUCAAAACUUGAUUCAUAACCAACAAAAAACUAUUCAGGAGCAACAACAAUUGAUUAAGGAGUUGCAACAAAAUCAAGAAAGAACAACAAAACAACUUGAAGAGUCUCGAGAGGCAACAACAAGACUGUUACAACAACAAAAGGAGGAGACACAACGUGCAAUGGAUACCAUGAAGGAAGAAUUACUUCGAGAACUUGCUGCUAGAGUUACAAGCUAAUAUGAAGAUAUUUGAAAGUAGUGUUGAGAAAGUAAAUAUAUGGAGAUAUUAUGAAAGCAUAUGGUAUGUGAAUUGCGCGCGGUGACUUUUUAUGCAUUGGGUAUGGUUUUUUUUGGAAUGAUUAUGGAUCAAUGAUCGAUUGAUAUUCUUAUAUAUGGUGAUUAAGAGAAUGUUGAUCAUAGAAUGAUUUGGGAACAUUGACGGAUGAUAUUAUUGGAGCAAUGAUGAAUGUAAAUUUUUGGAAGAAUGAUUGAUGUAUAAGUUAGAUGUGAUGAUUGUGUGAGCAAUGGACAUGUUUUUUGUAUUAAUGUAUUUUACAUUAUUAUGAAUUAAAUUUUUUGGAUCCCGUAAAUUAUUAGGGUCUCAUAUUAUAUCAAAAAGUUUUUACAGGUUCAG